CAAAAAUAGUUUUGACGGAAACAAACGUUGAGCUUCCUACUUGUGGGUUAUUUGCUUAAUAUCGCAACCGACUGGCUGCGGGUCGAACAUCGUUUUUUUUUUUUUAAAUCAUAAUAACAGUUCAGACAAUAAGCAAAGAAACCCACUGUAAAUACUUCGGACACGAAAUUGUGUAUCAUUGUCAGUGCAUUGUUUCAAUUCUUCGAUUCAUUGUUUCAUCGAAAAUUCCGAAUCAAUCAGGGGUUCAUCAAUAAGAAUCACACAAAAUGUUUGGAAUUUUGACAGAUUUGGUUGCGGUUAAAAUGCUUGUUAAACAGAAAAAAUGUGUAAAAAAGUUCAAACGAAGACGCAUUCGAGAAUUGGGACUUUUACCGAACGACACUGCCUACCUUGGUUCGUACAAUGUGGUUGCAAUACACAAGCACCCGGAACUGAUUGGUCAAUGUUGUAAAUUGAUAAAUUCUGAAUGGCCACGCAGUGAGGUGGCACGGAUGCGAUCAUUGGAGGCAUCGUGUGAUCAAUUGCCCACUAGUUUGGUUCUAACAAGAGACCACAAUCAAACCGUAUUGGCUCAUUUGAAAAUAAGCGCUAUACAUUCGAAUAUGCGUUGUUGUUUCAUUGAAUCAGUGGUUGUGGAUCGAAAGCUUCGAGGUCAAGGUCUCGGUAAAUUGAUUAUGAAAUAUGCUGAAGACUAUUGCCGUGAAUUUCUUUUACUCGAUACCAUUUAUUUAAGUACAAUUGAUCAGGUUGGAUUCUAUCAGAAAUUAAAUUACAUUAUAUGCCCGCCAGUUAAUAUGUUUGGGCCACGAAACUGUACAUUACCAUGUUUAAGUAAUUUACGAAAAACCUAUAUGAAAAAAUCGCUAAGAUAAUUUAAAGAGAUAUAAAGACGAGAGAUAUAAGACGAUUGUGUAUGCACAAUUGCACGUGUGUUUAUGACAAACAAUCAGAGAUUUAUUUAUAUCAUAAAACCAGAGUAAUUUAUUUUUGCAAUUUAAAGUGAAAGAUGUACCAUAUCAAUUCAAGCUCAUCACCAACAAUUUAUUUUGAAAAAUUGUAUAUAAAAAAACAAACGGAAGCAACUCAAUGUACCAAAAUAAAACAAAACAAUGAUUCUAUGUAUUAUUAUUUUUCUGAAGGUCUAUUAAACUUUAGCGAUGCCACAAACUUUGCCAUAGUGUUCAGUUUGAUCCAACGAAUCAACGAAAAAUUUGGCCAAAUCCAAUUUGGAAAUUACACGACCGGGGGAUUCAUCGUGAAGAAUUUUGUGCUCAGAUGAUGGUUCAUCGGCGAUAUGUGGCGGCAAAAUGGCAAUAAAAUCCAGUGAUGUAGCUUUUAAGAUAUCCAACAUGCGCUUAUGUUCAGCAUUCAAAUGUUCAAAUUGUUUGGGAACUUUAGCCUGAUCCCAAAAUAAAAAUGAUGAUAGACACACAGAAA